GCGGGGAGUAGGGUUCUUGGAGUUGUACACGGGAUACAAAAACAUGCUAUAUUUGUACAGGUCGCGGAGCGCGUGAUCAGAGCGGGAAGAGUACUCCACCAGAGACAGAUAAAACAAAACGUUCACAGGUUGACAGCAGACUUCUGUGAAAAAGAAGAGGACGCACGCAGCUGCUCCCAAGCCGAUUACACAUGCCCGGUCAGUGCCGCGGCUGAUAUGGUCGGCACGAUGAGGGAUCUGCUGGUUCCCGUCUCGAAUGAACGCGAUGCGGGUGUGGGUGGACGAGGUGGACCUUCUCCACUGUUGGAUUGGGAAGCCGGAAAGAUUUUGGGCCACAAGGUCAACGUCAUGGAGGUUGGCAGUAGCGAAGACAAGAAGAUCCCACGUACCCAAGAACCAUCGUUAAGCGAGAGGCCGACGCCAGAGAUCAGCAGUCCGGCCGUGAAGAUGAAUAGCCAGGAAUCCACAAAAAUCAGGAUCACGAGCCACCGCGCCAAAGGAAGUGCCGAAAGGCCUAUUAUUCGAGUCAAAAUCGAUAGGAGAGAACAGAGGCACCUUGGCUCGGAGAACCCGCAGAACGAUUGGCAAAUUGCCAAUAGAAGCUCUGCUCCCAACGGACACAAGUGUGGAAUCCAUUCAACAUACCAACUAGAUCCAUCUGUCAGCCACUCAUCCCAGCCUGGGAAGGGAAGACCGCCAUCCAAGGGGGAGGGUGAAGUGGAGAAAAAGUCAGCAAAGGACUUGGAGCUCCAUCCAGCCCUCCUAUAUAGCCUCUAUCAGUUGCCUCUGGUCUCGUGGGUGAUGUCUCCUUAUGUGACAUUCUAUGAGCCAUAUAGGAGCUUUGCGACUGAAAUGUUGCCCAAUAAUACACAAUAUUCCUUUUUGCGCUACUCCUGCAAUGGCAUCGUAAGUUUAGAUCGAGCGGCUAUACAUGGUGAAUUCACCUAUCUUAAUGCAGAGUCGAAAGAGAAUAUGGGAUCGAAGCGUCAACCAUUAUUAAACCAAGCAACAACGCAGAAUGCUGAGGUUCAGCUUCAGCCCACGACAUCAG